UUGGUAUUCGCACUGACUCGCACCGGUCCGGUGUUUCGGUGGUCGAGAUGAUGGCAUUCGGUAUUUGUAGGUUACUAGGAAGCACAAAAUGCAGGUUUCUUACAUAUCGAAAUAGAUCCCGAAUUAAAAGAGUACAUUUUAUGAAACUUUCCACUAAAACAAAAACAGUUUCCACGGAUGAAGUGGUUGUUUCAUUCGCUAAAGGAGCACCACUAGUAUUAUCAACAGGAAAAUAUGCUCGCCUUGCAGAUGGAAGCGCAGUUGCGACAUCAGGUGAUACAUCUGUCAUGGUCACCGCAGUUAGUAAAACAGAGGCGAGUGCAUCGUCAUUUCUCCCCCUUGUCGUUGAUUACCGACAAAAAGCUGCAGCAGCUGGAAGGAUACCGAUGAAUUUCCUCAGACGUGAACUUGGUUCGACUGAGCAUGAAAUUCUCACGAGUCGUUUGAUAGACCGAUCGGUUCGACCUCUAUUUCCCAAUGGAUAUAGAUUCGACACGCAACUAGUGUGCAACAUGCUUUCUCUGGAUGGAGCAAACGAUCCCGACGUCAUAGCCAUUAACGCGGCUUCCGCAGCAUUGUCAAUAUCAGAUAUACCAUGGAAUGGUCCUGUCGGCGCAGUGAGAGUUGGCUUCAUAGACAACGAAAUUUUAAUAAAUCCCACAAGACGGGAGAUGCAGAAGAGCCUGCUUAAUCUUAUAGUCACAGCAACCAAACAAAAUAUGGUUGUCAUGCUAGAAGGCUCAGCUGAUAACAUAGUUCAACAGGAUUUACAAAAAGCUAUUAAAUAUGGAGUGAAAGAGUGCCAACAUGUAGUCAACGCGAUUGAAAAUUUACAAAACCUUCAUGGGAAACCUAAGAGAGAAAUUCCCACGAGUAAAGAUAAAGAUCAACAAAUUAUUGAUACUGUAAAAAAUUUAGGGGAAAACACAUUACGUGAAAUAUUUACGAAUUACAAUCAUAAUAAAGCAUCUCGGGAUGUAGCCAUUCAAAAAGUGAGAAACCAGAUUAUCAAUACCUUGAAAGAACAAGAUCCGUGUUCAGAUGUCAACGCUGCUAACGAAGCAUUCAAUGAACUCAGCAAAAACAUAUUCAGAUCGCUCAUUUUCGAGAAUGAUGUACGUUGUGACGGCCGUCAACUCAGUGAGUUGAGAAAAAUCUCUUGUCAGGUAAAUUUAUUCAAACCUCUCCACGGCUCGGCACUCUUUCAAAGAGGGCAAACACAAGUAUUGUGUACGGUUACGUUGGACUCGUUGGAAAGUGCCUUGAAACAAGACACGGUCGCAAUGCUCACCAGUGGUUUGAAGGAAAAAAACUUCUUCCUGCACUAUGAGUUUCCUCCUUAUGCAACGAACGAGACUGGGCGAACCGGACCUAUCGGUAGAAGAGAAACGGGACACGGAGCUCUCGCUGAACGUGGGCUGAGACCAAUUUUACCUAAAGAUUUUCCGUUCACGGUUCGGUUAACAAGCGAGGUUCUCGAAUCUAAUGGAUCGUCGUCGAUGGCUUCGGUGUGUGGCGGAAGUCUCGCUCUGUUGGAUGCCGGUGUUCCAAUAUCUCAUUCAGCUGCUGGAGUAGCAAUUGGGUUGGUUACGAAAUUGGAACCUGGAACUAACCAAAUUAUGGACCACCGAAUUCUCACGGAUAUAUUGGGUAUCGAGGAUUACCUCGGUGAUAUGGACUUCAAAGUAGCCGCAACGAAAAAAGGAAUAACGGCUCUCCAAGCGGACAUAAAGCUUGCCGGCCUACCGUUGAAAAUUAUUAUGGAUAGUUUAUCCCGCGCGAUAACCGCGAAAAACGAAAUAAUCGGUAUAAUGAACAACGUUAUUAAUAAACCUACAUUGGACAAGACGAACAGGCCGAUAACGGAAAGUUUCGAAGUGCAACCUCAUCAGCGUGGAAAGUUCCUCGGAGUCGGCGGGCAUAAUCUUAAGAAAAUAUUCGUAGAGACCGGAGUUCAUAUUUAUCCUCAAAGCGAGAACACGUUCACCAUUUUUGCUCCUAAUGCUGCAGCAUUGGAUGAGGCCCGAGAAUUGAUAGAUUCGCUGUUAAAAGAGGAGAGAGUGCCACAGCUUGAAUUCGGUGGGAUUUACACAGCAAAAAUAGUGGAAAUUCGUGAAAGUGGUGUUAUGGUCACCCUCUAUCCGAACAUGUCGCCCGCAUUUUUGCACAAUUCCCAGUUGGAUCAGCGCUUGAUACAACAUCCGAGUGCUCUUGGCCUUGAGGUUGGACACGAAUUGCAAAUCAAAUAUUUUGGCCGCGAUCCGGUUUCGGGAGGCAUGAGACUUUCUCGAAAAGUGCUUCAGGCGCCCGCAUCUUCUGUCGUCAGAAAUUUAUCAUCCUCAUCUGAAAACGAUAAAAGUACGAUCACGGAAAAAUCGUAAUGAGACGUAGCGUAUGCGUGAUGUUCAAGUUUUUUUAAACUGAAUUGUGGAAUUGCAUCGAUUCAUGGUUUCUACGAAACAUCGCUGACCAAAAUUCGAUGUAAAUCGUUGGCCGCGACUCCAUUCCCAUUGAUUUUCAACCGAGAGUUCGUUUGGAGUCAUCUGAAAUCAGUCAAUUUUACGAAUGCAAAAAAAUCGAUUCUUUUUUUUCACUAAAACUGUACAAUCGAAUGACGACACAGUAGCUAAAAACCUCGUUGACUUUCAGCUGUACAAAUUCCAAUAUUACAAAAGUAAUAGAACAAAUUGACAACACGUUAUAUCGAUAUUUUACACGAGACAUUUGUAAAUACGAUUACCCAGAUAAGUAGUCUAGUGUUGUAAAUAUACUGUUUUCAGAACAACGUGUCCAAGGUCAAAA